GCCUCUCCCAGCGCAACCGACGCUUCCGGGGCCUGGAUCCCGGCUGUAGUCUUCCUAUAGGCGGCGCGGGAGGAACAAGUGGUUUGAGGGGCCGGGAGGGCGGAUCCCUUUCUCUCCCAAUGCGAGCAGUGUCCCGAACCCCCGUCAGACGACGGCUGCCUAGAGAGGUGGAAACGGUGGCUCGGGAACAUGAGGCAGUGUCUCCUCUUCCUCAGCAGCUUAGUUCCUUUCGUGCUGGCGCCGCGACCUCCGGACGAGCCGAGCUUCGGCUCCCCUCAGCGACUCGAGGAGCUUGACUCUUUGCUCUCGGACUACGACAUCCUCUCUCAGGCCAGCAUCCGCCAGCACUCAGUACGGAAGAGGGACCUGCAGGCCCCGACGCACCUGGAAACACUGCUGACCUUCUCCGCGCUGAAAAGGCAUUUCAGACUGUACUUGACGUCGAGCACUGAACGCUUUUCCCGAAAUUUCAAAGUCGUGGUGGUGGACGGCAAAGACGAAAGCGAGUACAGCGUCAGGUGGCAAGACUUCUUCAGCGGGCACGUGGUCGGUGAACCUAACUCUCGGGUUCUAGCCCAUAUAGGAGACGAUGAUGUUACAAUACGGAUCAACACAGAUGCGGCAGAAUAUAACAUCGAGCCACUUUGGAGACUAAUUAAUGAUACUAAAGACAAAAGAAUGUUGGUUUAUAAAUCUGAAGAUAUCAAGAAUGUUUCACGUUUCCAGUCUUCAAAAGUGUGUGGUUACAUAAAGGCGGACAAUGAAGAUUUGCUUCCAGAAGGGCUGAUAGACAGAGAGCCCCAUGAUGAGCGUGCUCCUCGGGCGAAGAGAAGAGCCGAGCCUCACCCCCUGAAGAACACAUGCAAACUGCUGGUGGUGGCCGACCACCGCUUCUACAGACACAUGGGCCGCGGGGAGGAGAGCACCACCACCAACUACCUGAUAGAGCUGAUCGACAGGGUCGAUGACAUCUACCGGAACACUUCAUGGGACAACGCAGGCUUUAAAGGCUACGGAAUACAGAUAGAGCAGAUUCGCAUUCUCAAGUCUCCACAAGAGGUAAAACCUGGUGAAAGGCACUAUAAUAUGGCAAAAAGUUACCCCAAUGAAGAAAAGGACGCGUGGGAUGUGAAGAUGUUGCUCGAGCAAUUUAGCUUUGAUAUAGCUGAAGAGGCAUCCAAGGUCUGUCUAGCGCACCUUUUCACGUACCAGGACUUUGACAUGGGGACUCUCGGACUAGCGUAUGUUGGCUCUCCCAGGGCAAACAGUCAUGGAGGUGUCUGUCCAAAGGCAUACUACAGCCCGACAGGGAGGAAGAAUAUCUAUUUGAAUAGUGGUUUGACCAGCACAAAAAAUUAUGGUAAAACCAUUCUUACAAAGGAAGCUGACCUGGUUACAACUCAUGAAUUGGGGCACAAUUUUGGAGCGGAACACGAUCCGGAUGGUCUAGCGGAAUGUGCCCCGAAUGAGGACCAGGGAGGGAAAUUCGUGAUGUAUCCCAUUGCUGUGAGCGGGGAUCAUGAGAACAAUAAGAUGUUCUCCAACUGCAGCAAGCAGUCCAUCUACAAGACCAUCGAGAGCAAGGCCCAGGAGUGCUUCCAGGAGCGCAGCAACAAGGUGUGCGGGAACUCCAGGGUGGACGAGGGGGAGGAGUGCGACCCCGGCAUCAUGUACCUGAACAGCGACACCUGCUGCAACAGCGACUGCACACUGAAGAAGGGCGUCCAGUGCAGUGACAGGAACAGUCCCUGCUGUAAAAACUGCCAGUUCGAGACUGCCCAGAAGAAGUGCCAGGAGGCCAUCAACGCCACCUGCAAAGGCGUGUCUCAUUGCACAGGUAACAGCAGUGAGUGUCCCCCUCCCGGGAAUGCCGAGGAUGACACCGUGUGCUUGGACCUGGGCAAGUGCAAGGAUGGGAAGUGUAUCCCCUUCUGUGAGAGGGAGCAGCAGCUGGAGUCUUGCGCGUGCAAUGAGACGGACAACUCGUGCAAGGUGUGCUGCCGGGACCCUGCGGGCCGCUGCGUGCCCUACGUCGAUGCUGAGCAGAGGAACCUGUUUUUGAGGAAAGGGAAGCCCUGUACUGUGGGGUUUUGUGACAUGAAUGGCAAAUGCGAGAAACGGGUCCAGGACGUCAUCGAGCGCUUCUGGGACUUCAUCGACCAGCUGAGCAUCAAUACUUUCGGGAAGUUUCUGGCAGACAACAUCGUGGGCUCCGUCCUGGUCUUCUCCUUGGUGGUCUGGAUUCCUCUCAGCGUGCUCGUCCACUGUGUGGAUAAGAAACUGGACAAGCAAUACGAAUCUCUGUCGCUGUUCCACCCCAGUAAUGUCGAGAUGCUCAGCAGUAUGGACUCGGCGUCGGUUCGCAUCAUCAAGCCCUUUCCGGGGCCACAGACCCCUGGCCGCCUGCAGCCGUUGCAGGCCGUCCCCGUGCCGCCAUUGGUGCCUGCGGCUCCGAAACUGGACCACCAGCGGAUGGACACAAUCCAGGAGGACCCCAGCACGGACUCGCACGCGGACGAGGACGGCUUUGAGAAGGACCCAUUCCCCAGCAGCAGCACAGCCGCCAAGUCCUUUGAGGACCUCACGGACCACCCGGUCACCAGGAGCGAGAAGGCCUCGUCGUUCAAGCUGCAGCGGCAGAAUCGCGUCGACAGCAAAGAAACCGAGUGCUAGCCCAGGGGCCGGCGUCCUGCGCGCUCCGACCUGCCUGAGUGGUAAAGUGUUCAUAGAUUUGAUCUAGAACCACUCACAGGUUUUUGUGAAGGUCUGGGAGGAACAAGAAGUGACUUCCAGCAGGUGCUGCUCGUGUGUUUGCCCUUUCCUGGGUGACCAGGUGCGGUGACUCUGGCUUGUCCGGAGGUUUUAGUGUUUGAAAUACCCUCAACCUGUGGUGCAAAAGCAGAACACACAGCUGGAUCACAUUGAAGUAUUUACGUUUUUGUAAAUUGACCUUUCAUGCUGGUGCCAGUGUGGAGGCGGAGACGCUGGCCUCCUCUCCGUGUGGUGUAGGGAGAUGGGGGCGCUGGGCAGGGACUUGUGAGGACAGCUGGGAUGCAGAAUACUGUAUUUUUUUUUUUGCCGACAAGACGGAAAAGGGAGCUGUGUGUUCUUUGUGAAGUGGGGGUUCUGUCUCUAGGGCAACCCAGAGCUGCCACCGGCAGGGAGGAGGACACAUCUCCGUUUAGGAGUAAUUUGCAUCCAUGUUUCCAUAGAAUUCUGAGGUUGGUUCUUUCUAGAACUAAGUCACUCCAAACAGUUUACAGUGAGAGUCCCAAAUGUAGCCAGGCGAAUGACAGAAUCCUGCCCCCUCUUUAGGCCCUAACUUGCGGGGUGGUUUGUUUUGUAAGUAUUUUCAUGUGUUUCUAAUACUGUUGCUUAAAAAACUCACAAAACCUAAACUACUUCAGAGUAAGAGUACAGCCACCUGUUUUAAACACUAGUGGCCCAGGGGGGAUGGGGUGCCCCUCGUGGGCCGACUUUAAUUCCACACAGUGAGUCUGAAAACCCCCUGGAGUCGGCCUGCGAGGGGCCGUUUGUGUUGUUCCUGCUUUAGUGCCUCGGGUUCUGGACGGUGUGCACUUACCGUGUGAGGAAGCCGCCAUCAGAUGAGAUGGAAUCCCGAUUUCCCCCCGUGACAAGUGGUGUCUCUUUUCUAAGGAUGUUUGUUACGCAGAUACCUGUUACACUAAUACUUGAACUUGUACUUUGUGGUAUUUGCUGUCUUUUAACUAGUUAUGAUACUCUCGUAUUUUGGUUACACGUUUGGAAUCGGAUGUCAGGUGUGUGGGUGUGUGUCUGAGAGGGAAGUAGUUCCCAGCUGAAUGAAAGGAAAUCAUUUUUUUUAUAAAACUCACUUUUUAAAAAGCGGAACCGGCU